GCCAGGCGCACAUGCUCACGCGGCAGUCGAGAAGGUGAGGGACACGGGAGGGACCAGUUGUUGUUCCUCACACGUCCGUCUACUGCUUGGACAUUUCACGUAUUCUGAACACGCGCCGGCGAGUGUUGGACACUCCUUUCCCAUGAGGACUGCAAAGUGCGGCGGGCUGGAGGGGCGAAAUGUCGGAAGAGGGCGGCAGGCUGACCACGACAACAACAACAACACGGCGCGCUGAUGAUGAUGUCCGCUUAGCUUGGAGACGACCCCCCCUUGUUUAACCCGCCGGCCCGGGCGGGUCGACCCUUCUUGCGUGGUUCAGCCCGGGAUACCAGCGAUGGCCGAAGAGGACCCCCAGCAGCCGCAGCAGCAGCAGCAGAACGCGGACCGCUCGGCGGGCAGCUUCCAGCCCGGUCUGCUUUCCGGGCUGCAGGGCGCUGAGGCCGGGGCUCUGCAGCUCCGGAUCAAGAACUCCAUCUGCAAAACGGUUCAAUCAAAAGUGGACAACAUUCUGCAAGAUGUUGAAAAGUUCACAGACAUUGAGAAGCUCUACCUCUACCUUAAGUUGCCUUCUGGACCCAUCAGCAGCGGCAGCAGCGAGAAAAGUGAUCAUGGCUCUGUGUCAUCAAGCCGCACGCAGCAGAUGCAUGCGUUUAACUGGAUCCGCAAUCACUUAGAGGAAUAUCCAGAAACCUCGCUCCCCAAACAGGAAGUCUACGACGAAUACAAGAGCUUUUGCGACAAUCUCAACUAUCAUCCACUGAGUGCUGCAGACUUUGGGAAAAUGAUGAAAAAUGUGUUCCCCAACAUGAAGGCGCGUCGACUUGGCAUGAGAGGAAAAUCAAAAUAUUGCUACAGUGGACUAAGAAAGAGGCCCUUUGUUCACUUCCCAUGUUUACCAAGUCUGGAUCUACAGCAAACUGGAGAAGGAAUGCAGUGUGACGGACAAGACUCUGUUGGCCACCUAGGCAGCAUGAAGGAGGAGGUUCGAUUUGCGGCUUGUGAUCUGGUGUGUGAGUGGGCUCAAAAGGUGCUGAAACGGCCAUUUGAGGCAGUGGAGGAGCUGGCUCGCUUCCUGAUAGAUAGCCACUACAUCAGCAACAAGUCUUUGGCAGCUCUCACCAUUAUGACAGGCGAAGCAACAGAUGUAAAACCACUGCAGACUGUCUCAGCUUUUGUGCCAACUGCUGACGCACACUACUUCCAGCCACAAACAACAACAUUGUCAUCUCCGACUGUUGAUGCCAAGCAGCAGCUUCAGAGAAAAAUCCAGAGGAAGCAACAAGAACAGAAAUUGCUGUCACCCCUACCUGGAGAGGCUCCGAACAAGACAACGGAUGACAGCAGUGGGCAAUCUGAUAGCCCAGUCUCUCCUUCACCUCAGCCAACCAUUAGCAUUGUGGUCACUGCUGUCUCAAGACCAGUCACGACACAUCAAAGCGGCCAGCUUGUGUCUCCCAGUCCAGCGGGCAAUGCGGAGACCAAAGUGCUGCCUAUAAACUUCCAAGUGGUGACCCAGCCAGUCCAACCACUGAAGCAACCACCAAGGACCAUUCAAAAUGUCCUACCAAGUCCAGUGGGGGAACGCACGCCUCGGCAACGCUACCCUCAAAUCCUUCCAAAGCCUGCGACCACCACUGCUAUUGCUUUGUGCUCGCCGUCCACAAUGAUCAUUGCCAACAACCCCAAUAAGAAUGUGAUGACGACGUGUCAUGUCAGUCCCAUCAGUGGAGUCAAGAUGACACCCAUAUCACUCGCACCCCACAGCGGCAAUGGCACCACUUCCCUUCCAAACGCGACAACAAGGCCGGCAUCUGCAGGCAUCAGCAGUUGCACCGUGUCAGAGGACGUCUUAAGAUCCUGUCAAAAUUUGAGAAGCACCUCUGCACUUCCCAUUCUGGGCCUGAUGACCAGGCCUGAGCAGGUUGACACCCGUGACAUUGAUGUGGAAAUGGAGGUUGAAGAUAUACACAAGAACAGAGAAAAUCAAAUUGCGAGCAGUGUAAUGAUGGCUAACGGAGGCAUGUCUCAGAGGGCUGCUAGCGUGCCCAUACCUCAGUCGAAAGGUUUUCGAGCCUUGGACGAAACAUCUAGUGUAACCACUGAAGCUGGCGUUAACGUUCACAACAACACUAGUGAUACAAGCAGUCUGAAUUUAAGUCCUUCUUGUCCAAAUAUGAGUGCUAUCUCAACAUGCAACACCAGUAGAGUAUUUGGAGAAAGUGUUUGCGCAGCCAAGAGCUUCCGGAAGCGCUCGGGCCUCAGUCCAGUCCUUUCUCCUGUCAAGAGAGCUUUUCUGUCCCCGCACACAGAAGAGGGCUCUGCUGGCCCCGGAUACGGCACUCGAAGGCCCGACAGUGCGCCGGUCACCCGAGAAAUGGAGAUGAACAUGAACUCUCUUUUGCCCAAUCAAGUCCACAUACCUGGCAAGCCCUCUUUCAGAGCCGGCGGUUUUUUCACUGUUGCCAAAACACAGAGCUUGAUGCAGAAGAAAACUACUUGCAAUGUUAUAGAAACUCAUACCUCGGUCGGUCAUCCAUUAAUGAAGCAAGCAGAGGGGCACCUGACAUCUGACGUGCACUCCAUGGCUAAAAAUUCCAAUUCUUUAGGUCUUCAAGAUAUUCAAGCGCACAGCUACACUCAAACGGUUUCUGGACCGCUGGAUUUUUUGGCUCAAACAUCAACAUCAAGCGAACUCCCUAUUCACGCAGACAUGGGAUACUUCCCGUUUGAUGAUGAUGUAACCCAAGAUAGCAUCGUAGAAGAGCUGGUCCAGAUGGAAGAGCAGAUGAAACAUAACCACAAACAGGAGUUUGAAAACAAUGUGACAUUUCAAGGGCAGCAGGCUGUUAUGGCACACAACAUGAUGCCCACCAAUCAGACAACGACCAGCUUUUACCGCGCAGCAAGCAGCGGUGGGGUCAGCAAUAAUGUCCAAACACCGACACCCACUCCCUCUUCGGAAAUUCCGGGAGGAGUUCAAAGCUUGACCCAAGAGAGCCCUUGCUCAUGCGUUACCCCCAUCACGCCAGUCGACAGUGCCCUGGGUAGCAGUCGACAUACUCCAGCGGGUACUCCGCUCUCCAACUGCAGCAGCACUGUGCCUCCCAGCCCUGUGGAGUGCAGGAAUCCCUUCGCAUUUACACCCAUCAAUUCUUCAGUCACCAGUUUCCAUGAGAGUGUCGCGGUUUCCAGCAGCCCCAUAAAGCCCAUGCAGAGGCCGAUGGCCACGCACCCAGACAAGACCAGGCUUGAUUGGAUGAAUAACAGCUACGACACCAACGGUGGAAGCUUGAAUAAAUCUCACAGCACGGUAGGACUCUUGCCCAGCUAUCAGGGCCUCGUAGAUGACCACUUUCAAAAGCCUCACGCCUUCGCCGUCCCUCAUGCAAGGCACCACGACAGCCGUUUUGGCCGCUUGACUCCAAUUUCUCCCGUGCAGCAGCAGGUGACUGGCACGGCACACUCAACCAAGCUGGAGGGCUUUGCUGUGCCAGCCCCUCUGGAUAACAAAGCAUCCAACCUUCCCGCUUCCAGCGGAUCCUUUCGAUGUCGCAGUGUCAGCCCCGCCGUACACCAAAGGAACUUGGUAGGGAACAUGGGAACCAAUGGCCUUAACGCUAUCCACCAGCAGUGCGUCUCCCCGUUUAACUCACCAGCAACACACGAGGUACCAAACAUCUUCGACAACAACCCAGGAAAUAUCGGGGCGUGCAGCGUGGCUCAAAGGAGUCGUUCCGUGCCGCUCAACAUAAUGAUGCAAACGGAGGUUUUACCGAUGUCUGCCCAGCAACGCAGCGGCAAAAAUAUCACUGAUGUCCUUCUGAGCAAGCUAGACGGUGACCACGAAACCGUGCGAGGUAUGGCCAUAAAUAACCUGCCUUCUAGCUAUACGGCGCGAAUGAAUCUUACUCAGAUCCUAGAGUCUGAGAACACCAACCUGAUUCCUUCGGAUUCCAACAGCACAUGCAAUUACCUCAAUAAUGGACAGAUGUUUUUCCCUGUAAGCGAUGGCCGAGCGCAAUCGGCUUCUGGGGGGCAGCAUCAGCAGAAGGCCCAGGCCACGCAGCAAACUUCGAGUUUGGCUUUCAGCGGCACCUUUAAAGAUGCCCAAGCAAACGGCGGUCAGCUGGUGCAACAGGUGGCGGAACUCACAGCAGGAGGGGCGGAUUUUCCUUGCGAACUUCGAAUGACUUCAGAGCUGUCAGGUAGCAUCAAUGACCUCAACACGCUGGAUGCCAAUCUCCUGUUCGACCCCAGUCGUCAGCAAGGGCAGUAUCAAAGCACUGCUCCAGAGCAGUCGGCCAAUCAGCCGCUUUUUCAGCAAAUCACCAGCGACCCCACGCAUUCUGCUGGACUCGAAUGGUUUGAGAGCAAAGAUCACACAACUGUCGGCUUAAUGGGUUGAGAAUGGACACUUUGAAAACCAUGUUGAGUCAGUGGUGUUCAGUGUCACUCGGAUGCAUCUCAACUUUUUAAUGAAACAUUGCAACAAGUGAGGUUCGUCCAGUUCAAGCGCCGCCCCGAGCAGAAAUGAUCCUACAUCCCUCGGAUCAAAAUGUUACUUGUUUUUUUUUUUUUUUUAAUUCAGACAUUGCCUCAUGUCUUUGCUGUAACAGCAUUUCCAACACGUUGAUAAAAUCCUACCUUUUUAAAGUUUUUCCACCUAUUUAUACCCCAAAACUUUUAUUUACAAUUUAACUAUUUUAAAAUGUUUUUUCUUUGUAGCUUAUUGAAACGUUCAUAAAUUUGUGGACUAUAUUUUACGUCGAUGACCAGCAAUUAUUUAUCUACUGUGAGUCCCAAAAAAUGAUUAUUGCCAAGUUGCCACUGAAGUUAAAGGGAAAGACAACACCGACUAGGGAUGUCCCCAAUCCAAUAAUGCCAUUUUCAGGGGAUUGGAAUUGGGUGAAAAUUUUUUUUUAAAGAUGUAUUUAUUUUUAUUUUUAAUUUUUAAGGGCUACAUAGAAAUAAUUCAAUCAAAAUCAUCAGAUCAUCAGAAUCAAACUGUACAAGGAUAUUGUCAGAAUAAACAAAAAAAAAAGUGUUUUGUACAACCCAUUGUCGCAACACAGCCGGAAAUGGCAGAAGGAAGUAAAGACUGCCUGUAGAAGAAUGUGGAAGCAAGCCAUCUCUGGAGGCUGACGUUAAGAUAGCAUCAUGCAAGGGUGAUAUCUGCAACAUGAAAAUAUUUUUACAUUUUUGUGUGCUAUCUUUAAUACAUGGCCGAGGUUUUGGAUCGUCACUUUGUAACGGCAGAUCUUCAAAAUCGGGUGACUUGAACUCGAGAGCAAAAUUAUGUGGUCACCAGCCCUAAAUCCAACUACGAAUGGCUUUCAAUUGAAAAACUGUCGCUCGAAGUGUUUACAUGUGCUAAUGGUGAAUUUCUUCCAUCUCUGAUAAUGGCAAAAAUAAUGUUUAACCCUUUAUAGGGCAAGUGACUACUGUUAUUUUAGGUAAGUACAAAAAAAAAAAAAAAAAUUGUUUCUGUUUUAAAUGGCUAUUAGUCAUUAUUUUUAUGUAACCUUUUAAGAAUAAAUAAAAUGGUCUAGCACUGUCAGUUGCAGCCAAUGACUGCCCGAUAGAGUAAACAAAAAAUGACACAUGAUGCUUACAAGAAGCAGCCUGUUUUAUGACUUCAAUUCAUGAAAAAGGGCAGGCAAUUAAGGAUACUCAUAUUUGAUUGGCUAAAAUUGUACCGGUGUGAUAAAAUGUCUCACCCCAUGCCAGGCAUCCACUUGCUGGAAAUACUUCUCUCAGCUAUUACAAACAAACAAAAAAAAACGUGUUCUUUCAAUUUUUUUAGUGUUUUCUGCUGAAAUGCAUAUGAUAAAGGUCUUGUCCUUCAUUUUAAUAUAAAUGACAUGCCAUGAUUUGUGCAAUGUGUAUUCCCUAAUCAACUUGAGUUUUUAAUUGAUGCAAUUUAGAUGCCGCUGGGGCAUGACAAAAUUGGAGCACUUUGUAUUGAAUAUAUAGUAAAUAUAAGCAUAUUAACCUCCUAAUGUGUGUAGAAUGUUUAGUAUGGCGUAAACUUAUUAAAACGGGUGGGGAUUGUUUUCCUAUCAGGGGCUGUUUCAUAUGUUGAAGAGAAAUUAUGCAAUGAUCAAAGAUUUUUAUUAAUUCUUGUGUCUUACGAUAAUUUGUGUGUUAAAAAUGUGUGAGAUUUUUUUUUUUUUUCCUGUUUCUUUGAGGCUCUACUUUUGUUUCAGGGCUAGAUGAAAUACUCAUAAAAGGUCCCCAUGUAAUGGUUGUCCUUUACCCACCCCUGAUUUAUUCAAUCUUACAUGUUAAAGUGUAUCGGAGAUUGAGUAAACGCGGGUUAUAUAGUAACCAGAAUCAGAACUUUAUGCAAUUUUGAAUUGUCCAUCCAGUCUGUAUAUAAAUGUACAACAUGUCACAUUGCUUGUCUACUUAGCAAAUAUCCAUACUCACUUCUGAAACCCAAAGAGCUGGCAGUUAUUAGCUACUGUAUAAAUCAGUGUUCAGUGAAGCCAUAAAGAACUUUGAAAUUGAGUGAAAUUCAUGUGUAACUCGUCAAGGGCAAAUAUAAACUACAAAAUAUGCAAUUAGAUGAUUGACAGAUGAAUAUAGUUGAGGCAGUUGCUGCAAUCAUCAAACUGCACAGACAAUCUGUAAAUUGUGUGGUUUUUCUCCAUAAAAUGCACUGUACUUUUUCCCUGUGAGUCCCAAACUAUGGCUAUACCAAAGAUCUGUUGAAAAACUUAAUCUACACGAACAUCAUGAGAGAAUUGGAUAUUGAAUGGUGAACAUAUUGACGAGUUAUGAAGUGCCGGAAGCUCGGAACAAAUAUUUGAAGGAAACAUGCUAGCGCUGGAAAAACUAAAUUCAUUAUUCAAAUCAGCAAUGCAAAUGUAUAAGUUAUGUUCAUAGUAUUUGUUUCUGUUGGUCGUUAUAUUUAUUGUAAAAUUACGAGUGAACGUGUUGUCACAACCAUUUAAUCUUGCACUGUUAUAUUUUUUUUAGCUGGCUGCAGCAUUGUUAUUAACUGGUAGGAUUGAAUUAUUAUGCUCUAUGUCGGGAUAAUUUUGGUGGUCUCAUGCAGCGAAGAAUACCUUUUUUUAAGGGCAAGUGAUUUUUUGGUCAUUAAAAAAACUUAAAGACCUACUCUAAAGUUUUUAAACUUUUAUUUCAUUAUAUUUAACUCAAUGCCUGUCAUUGACAACAAUAGGCAUCCAAUUCAUUUAAACUAUGAGGACUGGCUGUGUUUUAGUGCCAUUGAAGGCGUUACAUGUCCAGUCAAGAUUCAAAUGUGUUUCCAAACCCACUUGGGAUAUUAUUUAUAAAUGUAAAUUUACCAUGUUUCAUUUCCUGUUAUGUUUGUGUGUCUAUUGUCGAAGAAUAGUUCAUUUGGUUUGCACUGAUAUUUAUGUUUUAAAGACUUUACUACUCUCCGUGUGUCUCAGAGCUGUAGAACUGCCCUCCACUUUAGUUAUAUUGCUGUACCGGGUGAAAGGGAAUAUAUUCUAAAGGAGAUGUGCUUGGUUUUUGAAGGUUUUUUUCUUUUGUUUUUUAAUAAACCAUUUUAUGUACA